AUGGCUCCAAAACCAAAGUCUGCUGAAAAGAAACAGCAGUCAUUGACUUCAUUUUUCACCCCCAAAACCGUCAAUGGACUCGCCGCAUCCUUCAAGCAGCAGAGCGAAGCUCGUGCAGCAGCUGCCGCCGUGAACGAUGACGCAGAGUCCCCAUCUCGAAAACGACCUCUAGAAGAGGACACCGACAACGGAAACGAAGGUCUAGAGCGGUCAUCCAAGAAGUCCAAGGGUAUUGAAAAUGAUGUGAAUUCGGAAAAGAGCACAUUCUUCGCCAAGGGCAAACCGACGAAUGCACUGGAUGCUGCGGCUGCACCUCGAGCCGGGCGCUACGUGUACGACGGAUCACCUGCCAUACCUGCGGAUCGGUCGACUCAGGGCGAUGGCGAUGGCGAAACGAGGAAGAGGAAUGAAGACCUUCAUAGGCGAUUCGUUAAGAAGCUUGGCCAUCCUGAUUCUAUGUCCUGGCGAUCAAGGACAGCUCAUGAUGAAGGGGCUGCGGUAGACGAGGAUGGCGACGGCGAAGAUGCUUACGAGGACGAAUCGCCUACGCCGGCAAAGGCGAAGAAGAAGGGUGCAAAGAGUGGCAAGCUUACGCCAAUGGAGAUUCAAUUCUUAGACAUCAAGAGGAAGCACCUAGACACCAUCCUCAUUGUGGAAGUCGGAUAUAAGUUCCGAUUCUUUGGAGAAGAUGCCAGAAUAGCAGCCAAGGAGCUUGGAAUCGUUUGUAUCCCUGGCAAAAUGCGAUAUGAUGAGCACCCUUCGGAAGCCCACCUCGAUCGUUUUGCAUCGGCGAGUGUGCCCGUGCACAGACUCUCCGUUCAUGCAAAACGUCUUGUAGCCGCAGGACACAAGGUCGGCGUCGUUCGUCAAAUAGAAACAGCCGCCCUGAAGAAAGUAGGCGACAAUCGCAACACACCCUUCAUCCGCAAAUUGACCAAUGUCUACACCAAAGGAACGUACAUUGAUGAAGUCGGGGAACUGGAUCAGCAAGCUGAAGGUGCUCCGGCAGGUGGUUACCUUCUUUGCAUAACAGAGACCAGAUCCAAAGGAAGCGGGACAGACGAAAAGGUAGAUGUAGGCAUUCUGGCUGUGCAGCCUGCGACAGGUGACAUCAUCUACGACAAUUUUGAAGACGGUUUCAUGAGAAGUGAAAUCGAAACUCGGCUGUUACAUAUAUCACCUUGCGAAUUCCUCAUUGUAGGUGAUCUCACAAAGGGCACAGACAAGCUUGUCCAGCACCUAUCAGGGAGCAGCACCAAUGUCUUUGGUGACCGAAGCAGAGUAGAAAGGGUGCCGAGGAGCCAAACAAUGGCAGCAGAAUCCUAUUCACACGUCACGCAAUUCUACGCCGACAAGCUCAAGGAUGCAUCGCAAAAUGAGACGGCAAGUGCUUUACUCGACAAGGUUCUCAAGCUUCCGGAGCCGGUGACCAUAUGCCUUUCAGCCAUGAUCAAUCAUCUCAAGGAGUACGGACUGGAACACAUUUUCGAACUCACAAAAUACUUCCAAAGCUUCACUACCCGCUCUCACAUGCUCCUCAACGGCACCACCCUCGAGAGCCUCGAAGUCUACCGCAACUCCACCGACCACGCAGAACGAGGCAGUCUCUUCUGGUCUCUCGACAAGACACUCACCCGGUUUGGUCAGCGUCUUCUCCGGAAAUGGGUCGGCCGUCCUCUCCUGGACCAGGACCGUCUCGAGGAGAGACUCGCCGCCGUCCAAGAACUCCUCGACAAACAAUCCACAGCGCCCAUCGACGACCUCGAGAAGCUCCUCGCCACAACAAAAACAGACCUCGAACGCAGCCUCAUUCGCAUAUACUACGGCAAAUGCACGCGGCCCGAACUUCUGUCCGUUCUGCAGACUCUACAAAGAAUUGCCACGCACUACUCGUCCCUCAAAUCACCCUCCGAUAACCCAUUUACAUCUCCCCUCCUCACAGCAUCCAUCAACGCCCUUCCCCAGAUCCUCACCACCGUCAUAUCCUAUCUCGAGAGAAUCAACCUCGACGCAGCGCGCAAAGACGACAAGUACGCCUUUUUCAGGGAAGAAUACCAAACUGAAGAUAUCCAAGACCACCAAAUGGGAAUCGCCCACGUAGAGCACGAACUAGACCAACACCUCAAAGUCGCUGCUGAAAAACUGAAAAAGAAAAAAGUCGACUACGUAACCGUUGCAGGAAUCGAAUUCCUCAUCGAAGUCGCCAACAACGAAAUCAAAAACGUCCCUGCAUCAUGGAGCAAAAUCUCAGGAACCAAAAAGGUAUCCCGCUUCCACACCCCCGAGGUAAUGCGCAUGAUUAGCGAACGAGAUCAACAUCGCGAAGCUCUCGCCGGCGCUUGCGACAAGGCCUUCAAGGACUUACUCGCAGAAAUAUCCUCCGACUACCAACCCCUCCGUGAUGCCGUCUCCUCUUUAGCAUCACUGGAUUGUCUUCUGUCCUUGUCAAAGGUCGCCUCGCAACCAGGCUACAACAAACCAACCUUCUUGCCGUCCUCGUCCGAGCCAACAAUUGCCAUCACGCAGGGCCGUCACCCCAUUGCCGAACAUACUAUCGAAACGGGCUACAUCCCAUUCAGCACCACCCUCGCCCACCCAUCACCCCUAGCACACCUCAUUACUGGCCCCAACAUGGGCGGCAAAUCAUCCUACGUUCGCGCCCUCGCCCUCAUCGUGCUCCUCGCACAGAUAGGAUCCUUUGUCCCCGCAGACGCCAUCUCCCUCACACUCUGUGACGCUAUCCACACCCGUACCGGCGCGAGGGAUAACCUCUUUGCAGGAGAGUCCACCUUCAUGGUGGAGGUAUCCGAAACGGCGAGGAUAUUGCGCUCCGCCACACCACGCAGCCUGGUUAUUCUAGAUGAACUCGGUCGCGGGACUAGCACGCAUGACGGCGCUGCCAUUGCCCAAGCCGUGUUGGAGCAUGUGGCGACGGAGACGCGGUGCCUCACGCUAUUCAUCACGCAUUAUCAGAAUCUUGCUAGAGUGGUGGAUGGUCUCCCUGGCGUAACGAAUCUACAUAUGAAGUUCAGAGCCGGCAAAGGCCCCGAUGGCGAUGAAGAGAUUACAUUCCUCUACGAAGUGGGUGAAGGCGUUGCUCAUCGAUCGUACGGACUGAAUGUAGCACGCCUCGCCCGAAUUCCCAGAAAGGUCAUUGAUGUGGCAGCCCAAAAGUCCGGCGAGAUGGAAUUGGAUAUGCGGAUGCGGCGGCUUAAAGGAGCAUGUCGGAUGCUUGGAGAUGUAGUCGGUGGCGGCCCAGGGCAGCUGGAGCAUCUCAUUGCCAGCAUUGAGCAGCUGUAG